CAAAGGGAGGCUGCUCCGCCGUGCGCCUGAGGGAAGGAGGGUGAAUAGUUCACGGGCUGGCUGGGGGAGGGGCUGGCAAUGCCUCGGAAUGCUUGUCUUCCUGAAACUUCAGUUCUUCUUCGUGGGAAGUACUCCAAACUUGAUGUUAAAGGGGUGGAGUGUUAACGCCUGAUGCUCUAAGGGGCGGGGCCUGAGAGGCCGUAACAUCAUCCCACUCGUAAGUAUGUAUGAUGUCAUUCAGGUCCCUUAUGAAGAAUGUAUUUGUAGUGUGACUCAGCACAGCGUUCUGCUGGAAGUCAAACAUCCACAUCUUUGUUUCCUCACAGAGAGAACGAGCUGUAAAUGGAUGCGAGCAACACGACUAGAACAAGCUCUGUUUCACCGGCCGCCAUCGGCUCCUGCUGUGGUCUCAGUCGCCCCGUUUCCACCGCUCUCCCUCCUUACGUGGAACUUUCUGCUCUGGCUUUUUGUCACGCUGAACCCAGAAAUAAGCUGCGAACAGCAAGGCAAAAAAUUCAGAAGCAACUAGAGACUCCGCCCCCCCGGCCAAUCAGUGACCGACAAUCCCUGACGAUGCGUUUUUGGCUCCGCUCGGUACACUUGGAAGCCCACUGAAGCAGGUACUAAGCAGGUAGUGGCGACCACAGACCUGUUACAGUCUGAUGGAAACGGUCUGAAGCCGCGCUGAGCCGAGUGGAGCUGUGCUGAGUAGGUUCUGGUGGAAAAGGCCCGUAUGUUCCCUGCUCCCUGUGCACCACCACACCUCUCUAUAAGGAGGUUGUUCAGUUCCUCCGUGUCCAAGCCCGGUCUGUCUGAAUAGGAGGGUGAGUCCAAAGGGCCAAACCUAAAGCAGAACCAGCAGCUUCUAUGGUUUGUUGGACAUUCUGUUCCUUCCUUCUUUAAACGUUCUUUAGCUCAGUCAGCACUUUACGCCGAGACAAAACUGGGUGAGCAAAACGUUUCGACUGUCACAGAAAUGUGAGUGGGUAACCUGGGUAGCUUCUUACAGGGAUAUCUUGGACAAGAACCUUCUCCAGAGGGCUCAGGACCUCAGACUGGGCCGAAGGUCUACCUUCCAACAGGACAAUGACCCGAAGCACACAGCUAAAAUAACAAAGGAGUGGAUUAAAAGCUACUCUGACUGUCCUUGAAUGGCCCAGCCAGAGCCCUGACUUCAGCCCAACGGAGCAUCUCUGGAGAGACCUAAACAUGGACGUCCACCAACGUCCACCAUCCAACCUGACAGACCUGGAGAGGAUCCCAAACCCCGGUGUAAGAAGCCUGCUGCAUCUUUACCAAGAAGACUCGUGGCUGUUCACUCAAAAGGUGCUUCUACUAAACACUGAGCAAAGGGUCUGAACCCUUAGGACCGUGUGAUACUUCAGCUGAUGAGAUCUGCCGCCGUUGGAGCGUCAGUAGGCUCGGACUCCUGGUGACUCCAGCAGCUCAGAGGAAGCGGAAACCUGCAGCAGCAGGCGGAGCGCCGGGUGACUCAUUGGUGAUGGGGUCAGGGAGUUCCACAGGGUUGAUGUUUUCACUCAGCUUUGCCUCUGCGUGGCAGUCGGAGCUGGAAUUUUAACUGCUGUUUUUACAUGAAUGUUCAGACAGAACCCACCGUCUCCAUGCAGCCUUCCAGGCGUUGGACCGUUUUUGGAAAAGCAACCACAAGUUUAGAAGCAACCAACAUUGUGAAAAUGCUUUUCUGAGUUCAUAGAGGUUAAAUACAACAACCCAGUGCUGCACAGGUGCAGGGACACACCUUCCACUCAGCAUUGGCUGCCAGAGAAGAGGAGGCUGCAGGGUCAAUCCCCGCCUCCGGCUUAGCUCGUUCUCCCUUCGACAGACUCAGCUUCCACACCUCGGACCAAAAGGUAAAAGCCUGAACCUCCACACUCGACAGCCUGUCACCGUGUGUUUGUCAUGUGGACACCAGCAAAUGUGCAAGCAUGAAAGUGGGCGGCGAGCUGGAGAGUUUGGACGGGUGGAAAGGGAAUGCCUUACCACAUAAACACAAGCAGAGCAGCCUUCCACAAGGAAACCAGUCCGACUAAUCAGAGGGACAGAGGGCUUGUUUACUGGCUGCUGAGGUUUGGGCUCAAAAUAUAACAGCUGAUGAUUAUCUCGCUAAGGCCAGCGCCUGCGAUCAGGCUGCAUCUGCCAGUGGCGGUUCUACAUGGAAUUACUCCCCGGGCGAGGCCCCCUUUGAGUGCCCCCCCCCCCCACCCCCCACCUGCACGCACACACGCAUGUUUUCUACAAACAGGCAUGUUUUAUUAGAACGACUAUUGAACAUUCAUUUUUCUAAGUUGCACAUAUUUACAUUAAUUACUAUGAAGUUGUCAGAAUGUAAAGCAGUAUACAUUAUAUACUGUAUCAAAAUAUAUAGAAUCAAAUAUACAAAAACAAACAAUAACUAAAUAUUAAGAAUAUAUGAACAUAAUAUAUAAUAAAUAUUCACACAUAACAAACUAAAGAUAAUCACUACAGCAUUGCACUUAGAACAGAAAACACAAACUAAAAUUAAAACCUAACCUUGAUGCAACAUCAUCAAUAAUGUCAUCACAUGAAAUCUGCUCCCCUACUGAGUGAUUGAUACUAAUCAGAGCCAGGUGAGUGAGCCGCCCCUGAAACAUAGGUGACCUCAGGUAUGACUCGAUCAAGUUUUGAAAAGCUCCUCUCAGCUUGAGCCACAGGGACUGGCAGAGCAGUCCAAAAGUUGGGGUAGAUCUCCAACAGAUCUUUAUCACGAUCCAUAAUAUUUUAGAAUUGCCUCUGAAAUUGUAAUUUAAACUGACAUAAAAAAAACUGUAGACUACCAAAAAUGCCAACUUUUACAGAACAAAUCAUGUAAAAAUAAUCAGUGCAGCCGUCUGCUAAAUAAACCCUAAAUAAACAGGAUAGCUAGUGGUGACUGGGGAGUUUUCUUCUGGUUGUAAAGUUGUUUUAUUUAUUAUUAUGUGAACAUGAUCAACAUGUGUUUGUUGUUGUUCAGGCAGGCCACAGGCUGCAGCGAGCAUUCAACAAAUCCUAGUUUGAAUCAGUAAAAAAUGAUUAAUGAAUUUUUUCGAACCAUUUGAAUAUUUGUUUCAUUAUUUCAGCCCUAUUAGCUCUGUUAGCAACUAGUUGACCGAAUUUAACAGUUAAAAUCCCAGUUAACUGGUUCAAAACAUUGAACAUGCAUCAUGAGAGCGUACAUACCUUUAUCUUUCUCCUCUUUUUUUCUUUUUUUUUUCCCUGAAUGGGGCACCUGGUGCUUUUAGCCUUUUUAUGUUCAUCUCUUCUGUUUGGCUCCUGACUCAGUAAGUUUCCUUUAGUCAGGACUAAACUAUUUGACCUUGAUGGGGGGGUGACCACAAAAUCGUUUUGUUUUUCCUUUUUUUAUUCGGUCAUUUCACACAAUUCAGAAAAACCUGAAAGAACGAUAGGCCUGUGUUUAUGAUGUUAUGAAUGAAAUGUGCGUUAAAUGGAAGAACAUCAAGAUGUGAUUGACUUUAGCCAUGUUACAGUUGAUUCAGCCCCUACCCGCUCAUUUCAUUUGGGAAGACCCAGAGGUGAAUUCCCCCGCCGCACCCCUCCCCUUCCUCUUCUUCAUACACACACGGUGCACCUGAACCCUCUCAGUCAGCAGGAGCGCCUGCAGCUGCAGGGGGCGCCAACUUGCUGUUUCCAAUCCAGACGCUGUCAUUUGACAGAUGAUAGAAAACCUCGGUGCGGCGCAGAUUUCUUUCUUUUUUAUUUUUUACUCAGCGCUUGUGCGCCCCUUUUGUGUCAUGAAAAUAUGCCACCCCGGGCAACUGCCCCUGUCUGCCCGUGCCUAAAACCGCUCCUGGCAUCUGCACAAAGCACUACAAAAUAACACCAUAAACAAUCUGUGAAUGAAUGUUUCAUCCAGACAAAAAGCUCGGUUCUCACACGGGUCGGUGUUGUUAUUGAUGUGCUUCAUGUGGACAGCAGGAACUAAACCAGCUGUAAUAGACUUUGGUUUUAUCCACAUUCCCUUUUAAACUAAACAUUUACAACUAUUUUAACAGUAGAGCAUUAUAGAAGCUAAGUAAAUAGUGUAGAAUCCACAUAUCUAGUGCACCAGCUGACUGAGGAAACUGUUAGGGGUGGUGACCUUUGCUAGCAGCAGGCAGGUGCAACACAGAGGAAUGGCCACAUGGGAAACAGGUGAGAAAGCCCCACCCUGAAACCUAAAUGAGAAGUACUGAAAAAGUACUAAAAGCCAAACUGGAAGUGCUUGUAGUAAAUUCUGACCCGUGACUCGUCUCAGUCCAGUAAACACAGGCUUACAGUCUGCCAGCCCUGCAGGCUGUUUACAUGAAGCAGACUUGGAUCUUGCUAAGCUGCUUGUCCUGCAGCCUGAACAGGUGAAAUCCUUUAAGUCAGCCCAAUCACUGGCUGACAGUCGGCUGUCCGUCAGCGAUUUGGCUUCAGCUACAGACUGGUGGAAGUAAACAAACCCCAGUGAAAGGGGUAUGAGCGGUGACUCAUCCGUUCUGGGCUGCUGGUGCUGCUCGCUGUACUCUGCAUGCCUCAGUCUGCUCAACAUCCGGUCCCCCGAAGGCCUCGUCACCACAGGCAUACUUCAGCAAUUACCUUCUCACCCACAUGCUGUCACUCACCCAGGCUGUAAUAACAGUCUGUCACCCUGUCCCACUCCAAUCACACACACACACACACACACAUUCACUCACACACACACACACACACACACACACACACACACACACACACACACACACACACACACACACACACACUCACACACACACACACACACACACACACACACACUCACACACACACACACACGCGCGCAUGCACACGGAGACCGUGCCACACGGUCCCCUUCACCACAAGGGUUCGUAGAUUCUGCACAGCUGGCGUGGGCUUCAUUAAACCAUUCAGUCAGACUUACUUUACAACCCAGAAAUCACAAUUAAUCAGGUUUUGCUGAAUAAGAUCUAAGCUUACAGUCCAUUCUUUCAUUCAUUGGCUCAGUUAUCAUGUUUCAACCAUCAUUCAUCAUAAUUUGUUCAUGCUAACUCCAGGGGCGGAUUUUGGACUGAAGAAGAUCCGGGGCUUAACACACGCGCGCGCACACUCACACACUUGACACGCACCAGUCAACAACAUCAUAUAUAUUUGUCUUGUACCACAUAAUUUUUAAUCUGAAGCUACAUAUGAAGCAUUUUCAGGGCAGAGUAUUGUUCCUGUUAGUGUUUAGUGUGAGAUGAUAGUAAAUAUUCCCUUUCUUUCUCCAACAACUUUACCUGAUAGUAAGCUAACUUUAGACAAACCAGCAGCACAACAAAUAUUUUCUAAUAAGACUCAUAAACCUGAGUCAGCACCAGUCUCAUCAAAGCUGGGGUUCUGUCGCCGUAAUUUUGGUCUAAAAAACGUCCUUAUGUCCAUCUUCACUCAUGCGUUUCAGGCAGAGUGUAGAAGAAGCCGGCUGCUGAAGGGCUUCUUCUUCAGUGGUGGAGGCUCAGGCAGGCUGUAUACAAACUGCUGCCAGCUGCUCCCUCUCUGUAGGACUUUGGUACUGCAUGUUACUUCCACGUGUUAGAUACGGGGCUUUUCAUUAAAGAUUUGGGGCUUCAGCCCAAGUAGCCGGGCCUAACGCCGUCCCUGGCUAACUCCACUCAUGCAUGAGGAGAACACGCUAACUCCACACAUGCAUGAGGAGAACAUGCUAACUCCACACAUGCAUGAGGAGAACAUGCUAACUCCACACAUGCAUGAGGAGAACAUGCUAACUCCACACAUGCAUGAGGAGAACACGCUAACUCCAGACAUGCAUGAGGAGAAUACGCUAACUCCACACAUGCAUGGAGAGAACACGCUAACUCCAAACAUGCAUGAGGAGAACAUGCUAACUCCACACAUGCAUGAGGAGAACAUGCUAACUCCACACAUGCAUGAGGAGAACACGCUAACUCCAGAUAUGCAUGAGGAGAAUACGCUAACUCCACACAUGCAUGGAGAGAACACGGUAACUCCACACAUGCAUGAGGAGAACAUGCUAACUCCACACAUGCAUGAGGAGAACAUGCUAACUCCACACAUGCAUGAGGAGAACACGCUAACUCCAGACAUGCAUGAGGAGUAUACGCUAACUCCACACAUGCAUGGAGAGAACACGCUAACUCCAAACAUGCAUGAGGAGAACAUGCUAACUCCACACAUGCAUGAGGAGAACAUGCUAACUCCACACAUGCAUGAGGAGAACUUGCUAACUCCAGAUAUGCAUGAGGAGAAUACGCUAACUCCACACAUGCAUGGAGAGAACACGCUAACUCCAUACAUGCAUGAGGAGAACAUGCUAACUCCACACAUGUAUGGAGAGAACACGCUAACUCCACACAUGCAUGGAGAGAACACACUAACUCCAUACAUGCUGUUGUUGUUGUUUAUGUUGUUUAUGUGCUUAGCCGACGCUUUUACCCAAAGCGACUUAAAAUUUUUUUUAACCUAUAGGGCGUGUUGUGAUCUGUGGGGGAAACCGGAGUACCCGGAGGAAACCCACGCAUGCAUGGGGAGAACACGCAACUCCACGCAGAAAGGCGAGUUUUGAACCUGCGACCUUCGUGCUGUGAGGCAACAGUGCUAACCACUGCGUCACCAUGGAGCCACAUGCAUGAGGAGAACAUGCUAACUCCACACAUGCAUGGAGAGAACACACUAACUCCAUACAUGCAUGAGGAGAACAUGCUAACUCCACACAUGCAUGGAGAGAACACACUAACUCCAUACAUGCAUGAGGAGAACAUGCUAACUCCACACAUGCAUGAGGAGAACACGCUAACUCCACACAUACAUGAGGAGAACACGCUAACUCCACACAUGCAUGUGGAGAACACGCUAACUUCACACAUGCAUGAGGAGAACACGCUAACUUCACACAUGCAUGGAGAGAACACGGUAACUCCACACAUGCAUGAGGAGAACACGCUAACUCCACACAUGCAUGGAGAGAACACGGUAACUCCAUACAUGCAUGAGGAGAACACGCUAACUCCACACAUGCAUGGAGAGAACACGGUAACUCCACACAUGCAUGAGGAGAACACGCUAACUCCACACAUGCAUGAGGAGAACACGCUAACUUCACACAUGCAUGAGGAGAACACGCUAACUCCACACAUGCAUGAGGAGAACACGCUAACUCCACACAUGCAUGAGGAGAACACGCUAACUCCACACAUGCAUGGAGAGAACACGGUAACUCCACACAUGCAUGAGGAGAACACGCUAACUUCACACAUGCAUGAGGAGAACACGCUAACUCCACACAUGCAUGAGGAGAACACGCUAACUCCACACAUGCAUGAGGAGAACACGCUAACUCCACACAUGCAUGGAGAGAACACGGUAACUCCACACAUGCAUGAGGAGAACAUGCUAACUCCACACAUGCAUGGAGAAAACACGGUAACUCCACACAUGCAGAGAACACGGUAACUCCACACA